AUGAAACCACUUCAAGAAACCUGGAGCUAUAUUAAGGUUGAAAAAUCUGGGCAGUACCAGUGCAGAAUCCAGAAUUCACCCCUCAGCAACCCUGUAUUCUUAUCCUCCUUAAGAGAAUUGUUUCCACUGCCCAUACUGAGAAGCACAAUUUUAGAGCCCUCAGAGGAGACUCCUGUGACUCUAAGCUGUGAGACCCAGCUCCCUCCAGAGAAAGAAAAUAUCCAGCUGCAUUUCUCCUUCUUCAGAUAUGGAAGAAUCAUCUCAUCAGGCCAGAAAAGAGCCCCAAAACUCCAGCUCUCCAAAGUCCAGAAGGAAGACUCUGGGGCUUAUUUCUGUGUGGCAGAAACAGUGACAUCAGGGGUCCGGAAAAAGAGUCAUCCAGUUUGGAUCCAAGUGCAGAGAAUCCCAGUCUUUGGAAUCCAUUUGGAGGUCAAUCCCCCUGGGGGACAACUGACAGAAGGGCAAACACUAGCCCUCCUCUGCUCAGUAGCUGGGGGCACAGGUAACAUCAUGUUCUCCUGGCACAAAGAAGGCACUGAAACAGUUCUGAAGAAGAAAACUCAAAGGUCACUAGUGGCAGAAUUUGAAAUAUUGACUAUCUCAGAGAAUGAGGCUGGGAAAUAUUACUGUACAGCUAACAAUAUCAACAGGCAACUACGUAGUAAAUCCGUGAGCAUCUCUGUGAAAAUUCCAGUGUCUCCUCCGAUCCUCACCUUCAGCACCCCACAGGCACAGACCUUUGUGGGAAAGGUUGUGGAGCUUGGAUGCAAAGUCCAAAGAGGAUCGGGCCCGAUCCUCUAUCGGUUUUAUCAUGAGGGUAAAAUCAUAAAAAACAGCUCAGCCCCUUUGGGAGGCGCAGCAUCCUUCAACCUCUCCCUAACUGAACAACAUUCUGGGAAUUACUCCUGUGAGGCUGACAAUGGCAUAGCGGUACAGUUCAGUAAGGUGCUGACACUCUCUGUCAAAGUUCCAGUGUCCCGUCCUCUUCUUAUCCUCAGUGCACCCAAGCCUCAGGCCACCGCAGGGGAUAUGGUGGAACUUCGGUGUGAAGCUAAAAAAGGCACAACUCCGAUCCUCUAUCGGUUUUUUCGCCAGGAUACAAUCCUGGAGACUGGUUGGGCCUUUUUAGGAGAAGCUGCAUUUCUCAACCUCUCUCUGACGACUGAGGAUUCUGGAAUCUACUCUUGUGAGGCUGACAAUGGCUUUGGUCCCCAGCUCAGUGAAGGGGUGAAACUCUCAGUCACAGGUAUAUGAGGAGGACCAGACCUGAUAUCUUAAAGAUGAACAUCUGACCUCAUUCCCAGGGACUGUGGCAUUUGUCGGAUGCCGGAUUAUGGCGCACUGACAUCUGGGGGAAGGAUGGGAGACAAGAUCGAGUCCUUGGGUACCAAUCCUGUUAGACAGAGGGAUGUCGUUAAGUGAAUACUGGAGGAGAAAUAGCUCAACAACUGACUGUGUCUGUUUUCCCCAAGUCCCAUAAAGUGAUUACUGGUUGGAGUAUAAUCUUGGUCAUGGUCCAUUCCUGGCUUUGCAAUA